AUGGUGUAUCAGUUACACAGAAAUCCCACUUUGGGAAACAGUCCUCAGGAAAGCCUCGAUGAGUUCAUCAAGUCUGUACAGAUCACCCCACAACUUGCCCUAUAAGUUCUACUUCAGUUUGAUAAGGCUAUAAAUUCAGCAUUGGCGCAGAGGGUCAGGAACAGAGGCAAUUUUAGGGGUUUUCUAAAUACAUACAGAUUCCACGAUAAUGUGUGGACAUUUGUAUUGAAUGAUGUUGAAUUCAGAAAGGUGACAGAACUUUUUAAAGUGGACGAAGUGAAAAUUGUAGCCCAAGAUGGUAAAAAUUCUAGCUCCAUUACUACCAUUUUCUUCGUCUGCAUUUAA